AUGGAGCUGAAGCAACAUGUUGAUGGAGGAUACACUGAUCUUCAGACAACGUUUGAAACUUUGAACUCUCAGUUCAAGUCACUGGACAACCACAUUGCUCAGGUUGCAUCCUCUUCUCAAAGAACACCUGGCACACUCCUAGGAAAAUGUGAAGCCAAUCCUAAGGAGACAUGUAACGUCACCUUCUCUGAGGAUGAAGGCUYUGAYYAAAGCAUGGAAAGAUCCRUGCAAGAAGAAGACURRYAUGAUGAMAUGGAUARUGAUGAAAUCCUAUCAACUGAGCCAAAUGAAGAAAGAUGUUAUGAAGAUCCUGUUUUGACUGGCACAAAAGUCAGUUUUGAAAAAGCAUUUCCAGCAGUUCACAAGAUUAUGAAUGAUCUCUUAGUACCACUCCAGAGGAGGGCUGUCUCAGCCAGAGACACCGUGGAACAGAGAUUCAUUGACACUGUUCUGGAGUACCAGAAGAAGCUUAAGAUACUGUGGGAACACAUACUGAUGUGA